UGUAGAGUACCUCCAGCUUCCGAUCUUGGUCGGUUGGACCGCCAAAUCGAACGAGUUGACUACAAGACAGACAACUCUUCAACUUUCGGUUCACAAAAAUAGCAAAGCCAUUCUACAAAUUGAGUGAACUGACAUUUGCUCGCAAACUCGCAGUCUCGGAGAACAUUCACAACUUACCCUUUCUGACGAUGACGUUCGUUCGCGUGUUCCUUGGCGUCGCAGUAGCCUUACGCUUCGUAGCGACGUCGGCCUUUGAUACACCGGACGUGUUCCCCGCCAGUACGCGGGCGGCCUUGGCGGCCAAGUCCGGAUCGCUCAAUCCCUCGCAGGGCUACACCACGGCGGGCUGGUCCAACCGCGCCGCGACGGUCCUCACUCCGGUGCACCUGGAUCCCAACGUAUACACGGGCGAUCGUCCGUUUUACUGGAACCGCAUCGACGUUGGCUGCCGGAUGACGGUCAUCGAGCUACCUGCGGACGAUUCAACGUCUGGACGACCCGAUUUGUGGGUACACUCCCCCGUGGGCCUCGACGGACCGAUGCAACAGGCACUCAACCAACUCGGAAACGUCAAAUACGUCGUGUCGCCCAAUUACGAACAUCUCAAGUUUGCCGCGCAAUGGUAUCAAUCGUUUCCGCAAGCCGACAUGUGGGGAUGUCCCGGACUCGCCCAACGCAUGGAGAACAUCCAAUGGAAGGGUGAAAUUCCCGACGGGUUUCGGCCGACGGCCUGGAAAGGCGGACCCGGGACCCAAAUGGAGCCGGACUCUGGGAUAUGGGAUACCAACAUCAUUCAGCCCCUCCACAUUGACAUUGAAAAGAAUCCGUUUACCGGAAAGCCCUUUUUUAACGAAGUCGUCUAUUAUCACCAACCGUCCAAAACUUUACUCUGCACCGACUUGUUUUGGAACUACCCCGCCGAUGUGGUUCCCAAUUCUCAGUACGGCGCCGACGACACUUGGGAAUUGGCCCCUCGGGUGACGGGAAUUCCCGUCGGUAGUCGUCUGUGGAAGUUCGGUAUGGACCAGAUCUACCGUCCCUUUUUCAACAACUUCAUGGUCACGGAUCAAUCGCAAUAUCGCGACGUUGUCAACCACAUUCUAGACGUGUGGGACGUCGAGACGCUCAUUCCAGCGCACGGUGAUAUCUUGCGGGGUCGAACCUUGAUACGUCAGGCUCUGCGCGAACACUUUCAGCUGGACUAACUUUGGGUGUCCGAGGGGCACGCCUUCGAAAGGCAAGGAUAACCCGUUGAGUGGCAGGUGGGUGCCCGAAAAGGACACGCAUAUCCAUCUAACUGUAGAUUGUCAAAAGUAGUCCAAGCAGCGGGAUGGAUCGGAGCAUUGAUAUCAAUCCGAGCGGCCCUGAAGUGAAAGCUAGAUAUGCAGCUGACGUGGUGUGUCGAAAACCAAUGAGAUUUUCAGGAGAAGAACCCAUCCAAGGCAAUGCACGUCACCCAGUUCUCUUGAAUUAUUAUUGAAGGAUAUCCAGAGGGGCAGCUAGGAUGGUGUAAAGGGCCGGAUAUUGUUUUAUAGCUAGCUAUUAGUAAAAAGAAAAUGAGAAAUAAAGUCACUUGGCCAGGCU